AUGUCUAAUUUAGAGGAAAUAAAACUUGCCAUCUCCUCUUCGUUACCUGGUCUCUCUGAUGAAACGCUUCAAAAGUUUAUCCAUGGGCUAUCUGCUAUUGGUGUUGAGACAAAAGAUGACCUCCAGUAUGUCAAAGAAGAAGACCUCAUGGAAUUCCUCAGGCCUAUACAAUGCCGCAAACUACUCAAUGCAUGGAAAAAUGAAGAACAAUCCAGCUGCUCGACUCCCCAACGUUCAUCACGUCAAGUUCUUUCUGAUAUAUCAAGCCCUGGAUCAGAGAGUUCAAGUUCUACACCAUCUCGUUCUACUGCUUGCUUUUCAGCAUCUUGCGCCUGGGCUGAAACGUUUAAGGUGCCUUUUGAAGUCAUGCCUUCUGGACUUAAACUUGCCAUUGCAAAUAAUAAAAGACCAUCACCAGCUGAUCGAAGGAAGCUAGUAAGAAUGUUAGUGGAUAACAUGCAAAAACAUGAAGUAAACCCAUCAAAGGCACAGUGUCAGAUUGUAGUGCAGAAUAUUGUUAAGCAGUACCCGGACAGCUUUGCUGAUGUUCUGUCUGAUGGAACAAAAAUAGGUAGUGGGUAUGCCUCUUUGCUCAUGCAAGUUAAAACCCGUGUUGAACAUGUAAACAGAAACAACACAUUAGCUCGUCGGAGAAAAGAACGACUACGAUCAUCGUGUGGAACCAUAAGCCAGAGCUCAAGAAGGCUGGCUGAUCAAUAUGGUUGUGUCAGUUGGCAGCCAGAGGAGCUUCCUGCUGGAGAAAAUGACGACACUUUAGAAGAGAAGCGCAAGCAAAUGGUACUGCUUCAUUCGACUGAAGGAAUGUCUGGAGGCGAUAGAGGAGAACUUCACAAGUUGAUGGAGGUCACAUAUUACCGUCAGCGCCGUGAUAUAAACGCCACUCCACCUCCGCCACUGUCUGAACUAAAGAACUCAUGGCCUUACCUGUUUUGUCUGAAGGGGAUCUUUUUACAUUUCCAAUUGCUUACUGACAUCUCACUGCUACAAAAAAUCAUGGAGAGCAUUGAAGGGAAAGGAAAGAGGAUUCUAAGAUUUUUUCAAGAAAAGCCAACAAACAAUGAGGUGUGUGCUGUUCUGGCAAAGUAUCAAGAGGGAAAUUCUCUGGUCCUGUGCAUCUUGCGACUCUUAAUGGCCCAUUUUAAAGAGAGAACAGAAUCCCUUCUAAUUGAAGCUGAUGCAGCAGCAACUGCAGCCAACAUGGAAAGUGAGGGAUUACCUGAUUCACCUGCACUGAUCAUCCAAGGUGAAUCCAUGACCCCAAGCAAGUGGAUGUUAUCAGUUGAAAGGGAAGUUGUCCUGGGCCCAUAUUCAGAGGUAUUUGUUGAGGGCCUGGCAGCAAUGUUUGCGACCUAUUACAACUUAAACCUUGCUUAUCAGGAUGAUGCUGCAUGCACGCUGGAAUUUAUUCAGAGAGGACUUGUGGGCAUUAACCCGGAAAAUGGAUCAAAAGUUGCUGCUGGAAAGCGAGACAAGAAAAUGCAUGGAAUGAACCCACAUGUAUGCACACUGUUACGAAAGCUAAUGGACUUCGAAUGGCUUGCCAUUUAA